CUUCAAGAGAGUUCAAAUGAUGAGCAUGUUCUAUUACGGAACGAUCAUGAACGAACAGAUGGAUUGGACGAUGACCACGAUUCUGAGCACGAUUCCAAUGACUAUUGGGAUGACGACGAAAAACCUCAGCGGAAGGAAAGCAUGGCGCAAUUCGCUGAACGACAAUACCGUAAUGUGGUGCAUUUCUUCGUGGAAGAUUGGUUUUUGUCGGCGAUGCUCGGCAUUAUCACAGCAAUAUUGUCGAUCUCAACUGAUGUUGCCAUAGAAUACAUACUUCAUUAUCGUCGUCAUCUCUACGAAUUGACAAAUGGUCAUCACGCCUAUUUGGGAUUCGCCAUGUGGAUCCUUUUCGCUACGGUGCUUGUCACCUGUGCUGCACUUGUAUGCCAUGCACUCGGGAAGCAAGCUGUUGGUUCCGGUAUUCCUGAACUAAAAGUGAUAAUGCAUGGGUUUGUUUUGAAGAACUACCUAUCGCUGAAGACCUUGACAGCAAAAGUCAUCGGCUUGACGUUGACGCUCGGUUCAGGAAUGCCCGUCGGGAAAGAGGGACCGUUCGUACACAUGGGAGCCAUCGUAGCAUCGCUCCUGAACAAAGCUACUUCUGCCUGUCAAUACAAUGCGUUCUUCUCGAAUGAGGGCCGUCAGAUGGAGAUGCUCAGCAGUGGUUGCGCCGUCGGAAUCGCCUGCACAUUCUCUGCACCAGCAGGAGCUGUACUCUACGGUAUCGAAUCAACGUCGAAGUACUUCGCAGUGAAGAACUAUUGGCGAUCAUUCUUCGCCACCACCUGUGCAGCACUGAUUUUUCGAUUUGCCAUCGCUGCUAUCGUUCCUCAACAUAUUGCCGGCACAAUCACUGCAUACUAUCAGACCAACUUCCCAAACGAAGUAUUUCUUAUCGAAGAGAUUCCGUUCUUCAUUUUGCUGGGAAUCGGUUGUGGCCUUAUGGGAGCUAGUUUCAUAUGGUUACAUCGACGAGUUUCCCUGUUCAAGAAGAAGAAUCGUGCUUUCAGAGCUGUUUUUGGGAGAAGUCCGAUUGUUUUCACCACCCUUUUCGCCAUGGUAGUUGCCAUUCUCACCUAUCCAGAAGGUUUCGGUCGGUAUAUCGCUGGCCAGUACACUUUUCGGGAAACGUUGGCUGAUUUUCUGGCCAAUUGUUCGUUUUCAUUAACAAAUGUAAGCAGUAAUGGCUGCCCAUCGGAGAUGAUCGAACAUUGGACCGGUGGUGGUACCGGCGAAUUCCAUCCAUUGCUCACAUUAUUUUCUUAUCUACUUGUUUAUGUGAGUUCCUCUAGAAUAUUGAACGCUGGUCGAACUUUUUGGGAUACGCCAUGCACUCGGCGUCCUUCCAAAAUGUUAGAACUGCUCAAAUAUUUUCGCUAUUUUCAGUAUUUCCUUAUUGCAAUUUGUGUAACGCUCUAUAUUCCUGCGGGUAUUUUCGUUCCAUGUUUUGUUAUUGGAGCAUGUGCUGGUCGAAUUGUCGGGGAGGUAUUAAUCAUGUAUUGGCCAGACGGGUUUCGUGGUCCUGAAGGACCCCAAAUUUAUCCGGGUCUUUAUGCUGUAGUCGGUGCCGCUGCUUAUACUGGUGCAGUAACGCAUUCGUUGUCGAUAGCUGUGAUCGUGUGUGAGACAACUGGGCAACUGUGCGCUCUACUACCUGUACUAAUAGCCCUAAUGAUUGGCAAUGCCAUCUGCAGUUUCCUUCAACCUUCCAUUUACGAAAGUAUCAUCAAUAUACAGGGAUAUCCGUACUUAGUGGACUUGCCACCCAGUCGUGUUAGUGUACAUACGAUGAAAGUCGAAAAGGUCAUGGUUAAAGAUAUUGUGUUCAUCACACGCGAUACAACUUAUAUGGAAUUACGGGAAAUUCUGCUUGAAACACCGAAUCUUCGAUCGUAUCCAUUCGUAACCGAUAGAAGAUCUAUGACAUUGCUUGGAAGUGUGGCUCGGAAAUAUCUGUGCUAUCUGCUCGUCAAACAUCUUGGACCGGAGCCAGGUAUACAAAUGCAUAAGCGAAAAAGUCGAACAGCAUCGGAACUCCUUCACACAAUCGGACAGUUCAGGAGAGGUUCCAACUUCAAUUCCAAUGCAACACACAAUGGAACAAGUCAACACGGUUUUCUUACGGAUCGAAAUAUCAGUGGGAAUACAUUGUUGGCACAUUCGCCACUUCAUGAAAAUCAAGGCGAACGAGGACCACUGGCCUCAUUGCUCUACAGCCAAAAUGAUAGUUUUGAAGCGCCUGUGGUAAGUUUCCACGAAUUAAUGGCAUAUAUAGUGCUGCUUAAUGCUAAUGAUACUCUUGCUUAUUUACAGCACUCACUGGCGAAACGCGCUGAAAUUCUGGCCUCGAAGCUCGAUCUAGACGAUGUAGCUAUAGAUCCGGCACCAUUCCAACUCGUCAAGGGUACAUCUCUCUACAAGGUCCACACAUUGUUCUCUUUAUUGGCACUGAAUCACGCCUAUGUCACUGAGCGAGGCCGACUUGUUGGAGUGGUCGCCCUCAAGGAGGUCCACACAUUGUUCUCUUUAUUGGCACUGAAUCACGCCUAUGUCACUGAGCGAGGCCGACUUGUUGGAGUGGUCGCCCUCAAGGAGCUCCGCGAAGCUUUGUCGAACAUUUACUCGCGUGGUGCAGUGCCGAUUCGUCCACGGGUACGGACAAUGUCGUCGUUCCGUGUCGCUCCAGACAUUCCUGAUCAUGUGGCCGCUGACGACAUACCUCAAAUCACAUUCGAUAUGCCAUCGAGCAGCUCCUCAAGCCAUGGUUCAGCAGCAUGA